AUUUUAAUUUUAACAUUCACAGUGCGAUACACACCUUACGUUACGGCCAGUCAUCAUGUGGUUUUUAUACUUAUUAUUUUUAAUCUUCCUCUCAUGGGUUUAUAUCAAACUUACGAGCGGUAUUUGCAAGAGCGGUCAGCAUUUGGUGGGAAAAGUUGUUAUAGUGACCGGAGCUAAUUCGGGAAUAGGAUUCGAAACAGCUAAGAAUCUAGCGGAGAGAGGGGCACGAGUAAUAUUGGCGUGUAGGGACGAGCGCCGAGGCGUCACAGCCAAGGACCAGAUCAUCACCGCCACCGGUAAUCCUGAUGUGCACUACCUACACCUCGAUCUCGCAUGUUUCAAAUCAGUCAGAAGAUUUGCCAUGAAUAUUAACACUACACAAGAACGAUUGGACAUCCUCAUUAACAAUGCGGCCAUAUACGGCUCAACACUCAUAAAAACCGAAGACGGAUUACUUCUAGGCAUGCAGGUUAACCAUUUUGGACCAUUUCUGCUAACUUGCUUACUUUUACCGAAACUAAAAUCGUCAGCGCCGAGUCGUAUAAUAAAUGUUGCAUCUAUGGGGCAUCAUCAAGGGUGUUUUGAUUUAAAUAACCUCAAUGGUGAGAAAGAGACAGAUAAAACGGUAAACGUGAGAAAGAUGUAUUAUGCAUCGAAAUUAUGCAAUAUUUUGAUGACAGUUGAGCUGGACCGACGGUUGAAAGGCACUGGAGUAACAGCUAACUCUUUGCAUCCGGGGUGCGUGGAUACUGGCAUCAUAACUACCAUACCCGUCGUUAAGCAUGUGUUGUUUAUAGUUAGGGUGUUCUGCAAAAAUCCUUGGGAAGGUGCUCAGACGACAGUGCACCUGGCAGUAGCCCCAGAGCUCGCGGCGACUAGCGGCCGCUACUUUCAAGACUGCUGUGAAGCGAAACCUUCGAGAACUGCUCAAGAUCUUGAACUAGCUCGUGAAUUGUGGGAAGUGUCAGAAAAAAUUGUUCAAAUAAAAUAAGCCAGUCACUAACUGCUAAGCCGAGGGGACUAUGUUAACGGCACCAAUCAUGGGACAUUUAAGAGAAAAAUUGGAGUAUUUUUGAUAUUUGGCAGAGGGGUUUGGUAUAUGUACUUAGGUGUUGGGAUUGUUGCAAAUAAAAAGUUCAGACGCGGUAAAAAUAAUAAAUCUAUAUUAACACAACUCAAUACUAAACUAACACUAAUUACAAUAAUAAGUAGGGAGCGAUACGAUAUCAAGCUCAACCUGUGAUAAUAGGUACGAGACAACUUGUCGAGUUGACGUCUGACUACCAACUAUCUUUGACUCCCGCGAUCCCUAUGAUUAUAACCUUGCAUCAGGUACGCAAUAGGAAUAGCGGUACAGAACCUAUAACGGUUUCGCACAUGGCGAAUCCUAACGUUUCCCAAGAAUUACCCCGCUGGCUACAAAUUAGUUUAUGACUUAAAGUUAACAAUAUUCGGAAACUGACAAAGAAAUAAAACAAAGAGAGAUAACACAAAGGCAAGUGCCGACAAAGGGAAGGAAACAGAUUAGGUACUUAUAUUACAAUGCUUUUACAAGCUCAUCCCUGUAACGGUCAUAAUAAACAGUUACGUUUGCUAUUAACUAAAAUGCACAUUGCGCGUAACGGGAAAAGCUAAAUUAAUAUAUUAUUUAUUUGAUAUCAUCUAAAGCUUGGGCGAGUGUAGGACGCAGUCCCUACAGAUAUUUACCGACAUCUGAACAAUUGUGACCACUUUAUGCCUUAAAAGUAGAAUGUCCAAUUCUUCCUCUAUGUUUUCUAUGUAUUUAAUGGAAGCUACUGCAAUUGGUUUCAAUAUU